GAGUAAACGACCCUUUUCAUUUGUAUCUCAGUUAGAAACUCAAAAUUUCUCAUUCACAACUCAAAAUUUGAGAAAAAAUACUCUAUUAAUUUACGACACAGAAAUAAUUUGUUGUUGUUUGUUGAGUUGAAAACUGCAUAGAUUACUGACAAGGUUAGAUUAUAGACUAGAAGGCGAAUAUGCUAACGUGAACAUUCUCAUCGGGCGUGUCAAAUGUCUUAAAGUAUCUUCAGUAGGAUAAACGAUUACCAGAGUUUAUCGACGUCUAUCGAUAAAGUGCGAUAGCGGAGACUAUCGCGAUACACAAGUCGCUUUGCGCUGUAAUUAUCUAUAUUUCGAAAAACUGCGAUAAGUAUCUAUCGGACUUUAUCGUGAUGAAGCCAUCUUUAAAUCAGAAAAUAAAAUUAUGGAGAUAAUGCCUGAUAAAUAUUUAUAGAUUCUUAGCAGAAAACAAGUCAACUCGAUAAAAACUAAAAGCAUCGCGAUGUCAUUUAUGUAUUGUAUCUCGAUGGAGCAGUAUUUGGAGAACUGGUAUGAUUACCGAGGAUAAUUGACUCAUCGUGAUAAUUUCCGAUAAAAAAUCGUUAAUUAUUACGACGAUAGCGAAAAUAUACUGAUAUAUUAGAAAAGAUAGAUUUUUGCCUUUGCCCAAGCAUAUUCACAAAAAGUGUUUUUCCAGCAAAAAUACCACAGGAUUUUCGUCUGUUUCAAAAGUGCUUGGGCAAAGUAUUUAUUCUAAAAUAUAAAGCACUACCAACAUUAAAUCAAUAUAACCGUGUACCACAAUCGGAAACAAAAGAUAGUAUUGUACUAAAUGGACAAUCAACUGACGAUCAAUUAAAACUAUCAUCAACCUGUCAUACAAAUUCGAAACGUCAAGAUGUUGAUUUUAGUAUAUUUCGUAAUCUAGAUUCACCACCACAAUAUUAUUCUGGUACUAAUCUUUCUUCAACAUCAACAUCAUCCACUAUUCCAAUAAUAAAACAUGAUGAAACUACUACUUUACUCUUUUCUACUAUAACUGAACAUAAUCCACAACAAGAAUCAUCUAUAGUUAAUACGAAUAAAAUAUUCAACAAUAAUCAAUAUGAAACUGAUAAUAUUCUAUUUGAUGAUGGAGAUGGUAAUAAAAAUCGUCAAAACAGUGAUGAAGAAUCGAAUAUUAUGUUAAUUAAUGAAACAGAAACGAAUUUUUUACAGAAAAAAGUAACUAAUAAUCUUGAUGCUAUUGUAGAAGAUUCAAGUGAAGAGAUAGAUGAACAAUUAUUGAAAUGUGAUCAAAUAUCAAUAAAAACACAUACGGAUAUUGAACAUCAACCUGUUGCACCUAAAAUUGUUGAAGAAUUGUCAAAUUUACCGAUACGAAUUCCAUGUGAUAGAGAUAUAUUUGAAGAUUGUAAUGAUCUUUAUGCAAAAUUAGACAAUUUUAAUUUGAAUGAAACAACUCAAUUUAAUAAUGAAUACGAUUUAUCAUCAGAAUUUACACGUCAUGUAGGAAAAUUAAAAAAUAAAAUGAAUGAUGUUGUACAAGCAACACAAAUGCCACGUGAUGCAGAAUUAUUAGAAGCCAGAUAUUCAUCGUUAUUAGCUACAAUUGAAAAUUUAUCUGUUUUAUUAAAAAUUGGUGAAAUUCAUAUGAGUCGAGCAAUUAUCAAUCGUUUAAUAUUUAAUAUUGAACAACGAAUCGAACAAUUGAAAAAAAUAUCCAAUAUUAAUAAAACAAAAUUUGAUUCAUUGGAUGAUUUUUGUUCGGUUAGAAGUGCAUUAUCAUCAUAUGAACAUUUAUUUACAUAA